CCUGGAAUAUUCUUGUAUUGGCACUGAGGGCACGGGCCUUUCGAGUGUUCAGUGAUAACAUUACAAUUAGAUUAAAUAACCACGGCAUAGACAGAAUUGAGUCUAUUUCCUCUGAGGGCCGUAAAACUAUUUCUGCAGCGAUUCCUGUGAAUAAGGAAUCAGUUGAAGUGGAUAGUAGCCAGUACAAAUAUGGAGACAAAGACAGAGUAUCUAGCAUGCAGAGCAGUACUUAUCUGGACAAUACUACCAAAGCUGCCCAGAAUAAGAGGAAAUGCUUAAAAAACUGCGGGAGUUGGAAGAGAGCCGAAAAAACAAGAGAACGGUGGAAGAAACAGAGAAGAGGAACAGUAAACUGCCGAAUGAUUCUAGAAACUGCGUUGUUUUAGAAAUAAUCCAUCAUUUAAGCGCAGACCAAGAGAAACAGCUUAAAGAAAGCAUAGAAAAGAGAAAUGGAUACUUACAAUACGUAUAUAAAAAUACUAUUGAAGGAUUCUCUGUCUGUAAUUUAUCGGAAGAGGCAAUUGAUGAAACAUUAUCAGAAAUUAAUACAGUAAAGCUGAACUUGGAGAGAAACACACAGUACUCUCUAGCGUAUAAACAAACAGACUUACCUGAUAAUUUUUAUACUGUAAUCAACAGCCAGCAGCGCCUAUUUAAUGUGAAAUGGCUGGAUUCCUUCAUUAAUCGAUAUAUCCGAAAUGGGUAUCUUAUAAAAAAAUCCAGUUUAUUUCGCUGGUACAGAAAUAAGUAUUUUCCUCUACAGAGUAACUAUACUGGAAAAGGCAUGCAGAUAGAGAUACUUGAUGCUGACAUUGGGGUGGUUCAUAAAGAAGUGUCAGGCCGGGUGAAAAUAGUUCGAAAAUAUGCACAGCACCCGCCGAGCAGCCAUCCUACAUCUAUAAUGACAGCUGCUGCUGGCAUAACAACAGGGCUAGCAAAAGAAGCUAGAAUUGUUUUACACCCCGUGUUUAAAUUCGGUGUUGCCGACCUUUCUGAUAUUCUUUAUGUGUUAGAUGGAAUAUCCGUUAAAGAAAACAAGAAAAUCAUUUUACUCCCAUUUACUGGCGAGAAGUCGGCUAUAUUAGACAAGUCAUUGAAAAUGUUCUAUGAUGCAAAUAUCCCUGUAGUUGUUGCUGCAGGGAACAGUGCUGAGUCAGCAUGUAACUAUAGCCCAUCUAGGUCUAAAUAUACAAUCACUGUGGGAAGUAUGUCUGACACACUCUACCCAGAAGUAUGGUCCAACACAGGAGAAUGUGUUGACACAUAUGCCCCAGGGUCUGCAACAGUUGGGGAAGUGUCAGAAAUGUCUCCUGCUGUUAAGUAUAGAAUUCGGGAAGGAACAAGUCUAUCUGCCGCUUACAUGGCAGGAUAUCUUGCGGUUUUAAUGCAAAGCACGAGAGUUUCUGUCUCUGAGAUGAGAGAAUACUUAACAAACAAGCUGUCCAUCCAUCUUCCUAUGCUGCUAACAGCCGGAGAAAGUACUCCAUUUGUUACUAGUGAUUUUGUGUAUUACAGCGUGUUCAUUGACGUCUGUAUUGUUCUGUGUCCUAUUUUGUUGCUUUUCUGGUUAAUUAGUAUUUACUGGAAGUCCAAUAAAAAAGACCCAUUUGUAAAACACAAAUCCCGAAAGAAAUCUUCUGUGUAAAACAGUACUUAAAAC